AUGAUUGAUAAUAUUCUUGUUCAGAAAAUUGAAAUUAAUGUAUCUAUUAAGGGCAGUUGUUCGAAACCUCACGUUACUGAUAUCUGGUUUUGCUUAUCAGAAAUCAGUCUAAAUCUGUUAAUCACACAUUACGUUAAUCCAAGAAUUAGAGGGAUAUCAGGCGAUGAUGAGAAAGAAGUAUUAAGAAAGCUACAACUGUUGUGUCGAUACGAUAGUGAGAAACAGUUACAAACAAAUGGAAAAAAGCAGCUUGGAAGGCACUACAAGAACUGA